AUGGCAGCGGGAGUGCAAGAGGGGAGACAAAACCCCCCAAUUAGUCCAUGGAUGCCCUUCAAGCACAAACCAACACGAACCAUGAAAACCAGAAGCCAACAGGAAUCAACAAGAACUCGCAAACAACCCGUGGUCAUCAUCUACAAACCACCAUCAUCGCAGCAGCUAGUCUGGGAUCCCACCCAACUCGAAUCAGUCAUCCAGGAUAGACAACUCUCAACUAGACGUUGGGUCGAUGAAACUCGCAGCUAUGGAUUCGAACCUGAACUAUUUGUUCAAGAAUUCCCAGGAUCUCGCGAGGAAUCGGUUGGAACACACGAAUCACUAGAGUCGAAAGAAACGGAAGAGAGGAAUGAGCUGAAUGAAUCGAAAGGAGUAAAAGAAUCGAAAGAGAUGAAAGAGAUGAAAGAAUCGAAAGGAGUAAAAGAAUCGAAAGAACUGAAGGAAUCCACAGAGCCGAAACCACGAAAAACACCGGCGCAACAAAAAGAGCCGACACAACGGAAAGAAUCGACAACAAAAACAGAACCAAAACGAUCAAAGCAACCGCACAAACUAAAACAACCAGAAGAAAAAAAUGAAUUUGAAAAGAAUUCAAAUUGUUCGGUUAGUGAAGGAUCACGGCCGAUUGAAGAUCCUGCCCCACGAUCAGAAUCCACACUAGAAUAUCUCCAACUCCCACCAGCCUCAUCGUCGAGCCAGGCGACAAGAAGAGCCCCUCGGAGCUUGCAUGAGCAGCCAUCUCCGGACAGGAAUCGCUCGGAAGACCCAGAGUCUAAUGAUACGCCUACUAAUAAGCGAAUCCAUGACCGCCGAGCAAACGGCCCAUCUGAGCCAUCCAGCGAGCCCAAGAAAGCCCGCAAGAUAUCCUAUCCCGGGCGCUCCCAGCCGGGUCCAACCCGACUCUCAGGAUACGACGCGCAAGAUCCAUUCGGGUUCGUACAUGCCGAGCGAGGCCGGACAGAGGCCUUGUCUGCCGACGAUCAUCCUCCUCCAGCUCCUCAAGACCCGCCCGUCAAUCCGCCCCCUCAAGACCUCUCAGACCCUCUCAAUAACUCCGAUCUCUCCCUCGCUGACUUGCUCAACCUCCGCAAAAAACCGGCUCGCAAACAGGCCAGCCGGAGCGCGCUUUCUCGCAAAGGUUCGGCGGCGCCUGUUCCUGCUCGUCGGCAACGUCAACGUGCCCAAAAGUCGGCUAAACGUGGCCCCGAAAAGAGCAAUUCUUCUCUGAAUAAAGGAGCGCACGAUGAAAACCAUUUGGGUGAUCAAGAACUACCUCCCACUAGCCCAUCAUCGUCAUCUCGGGAUCCAACGGGCCAGCUGACUCAGGGCUCAGACGAUGAAGAGAGAAGUCCGUCUCCCGCCGCCAGUCCCAUGGCAACGAAUCCGCCCAGUCGUGCGCGUCCGCGUCGGAAAUCCCCCUCGAGCCGCAAGAUCCUCAAGCCGAAAGAAAACAUCCCCAGUCGACCGCGUCGGUCGAGUAGUAGCAACGCCAAAGGGUGCCAUAAGACGGGCGAGAGUAAGAGUCGGAAGACUGUUAAGGGGAGGAACGUCCGACGUCCUGUCGGUGCGGAAAAAGGGCGCCCGAGAACCAUUGACGCCUCAGAGACUGUCUUAUCGGGCGUCGAUGAGGACGAGAGUCGGGCGCGUCGGCUGAGCUAUUAUCGGGCCCUCGACGAGCUCCAGUUCGAGGAAGAAGUCGUCAUCGAUCUCUGA